AUGAGUCAAUCGAUCCGAUUUUACUCGAGCCACUUAUAAUUAUUCUAAUUACCGAAACUCAUCGGUAAAUAGAGUUGGGAGAAUUUAUUUAAAGAAUCCAUUCUAAUCAUUCUAAAUAUAAUUUGAUAUAAAAAAUGAAAUACUGAAAUCGAUAGCGAGAGAACUAGAGACAAAAGAACUUCUCGAGAAACAGUUGCAUCGAUUGAACUAAAAAAUCCAUGAACAGCAAUAAUUUGCAUUAUCGAUCGCCCAUUGUGACAUUAACCGCAAAUUGAAGAACUUAUUAAUUGAAAAAUUCGAGUUCGAUUGACCGGGGUAACAAUUAAACCAAUGAAAUGAAUUCUGUAAUUUGAUUCAACGCUCGUACAUUUGACCCAGUUUUAACAACUCUAGUUGAAUUUAAUUAGUGAAAAUGGGGGGAAAUGUUGAUGGAUGGGGUCCUCGAGAUGGUGAAUUAAAUCCUCUGGAAGUAUCUGCUCUUGUCAGUGGAGAUCGCACAGGUCGAUUCGUUUACAUAAGACACGCGUUCAAGAGAUCCUCCAAGCUCUUCGCACCCUACACCUACAAGCUCGUCUCGCACAGAGAUGUCAAUCAGUGUUACAUGACUGUAAGUGCUAGUGGUGUAACACUGCAUAUACCUGGUGAGAUGACAUUUACACCGUUAUCGAUGUGGAAUCGAGAGUAUAAAAAAUAUCUGAUACUUGUCGAACUGAAAUUAUUCCGCGUUUAUCGAACGUGGAAGGCGUUUUACGUCUGGAGGAGGACGAUAAUAACAGCGAGGAUUACACGUGCCAUGAAAUUUAUCCAGGAUAAUUUGUUCCUGUGCGAGGAGGGGCUCAGGACGGCCCUUAUGAGAGCCCUAGACCUCCAAUGGAUCCUCGCCGAGAGUAAUUUUAUCAAAUUGUCACGUUCCAAAGAAGAAACGGUUUUUCAUUUCGUUGAAAUUCAGUUUACGAAAAUUGAGGACAUGAAGGAGAAAUUGAAGGUCUUGAGGGGAUCAGCGGUGGAUACUCUGAUUGAUGCCUGCGUGAAUUCCCUGGCAGGUGAUGGGUACCUAAAUAUUUCUGGAGGUGUUGGGGCUAGAAAGGAAGAGGACUCGAGUAUGAGUUUUAUCCAGGAAGCCAGGAGGAGGAAUAAAAUCGACAGGCUGUCCCGUUUCAUUGGUCUCGCCGAUUACAUAAGCAUUUUCUUGCUGAUGAAAUUACUUGAGAAUACGUAUUUCGAGUUUUUGAACGUGAUAACCAGCUGCACGAAAUUAUUACCUGAUGAAGAGCGAUUGAAGAGUGAUGAGAAGCUCGAUGGAGCCGAUGGAGAUGAUCAAGUCUUCGAUUUGGAUGUCAGGUCUUAUAUCGAGAUCGAUAUGAUUUUAUCGAAUGAUACCGGCGACGUCGCGAUCGAUCCCGCUUUGAAAAUAUUUCAUUUAAUUAUCAGUAAAAUUCAAAAUCACUGGGAAAAGUGUUUGAGAGAAAUCCUGGAGUCUCAUCCGUCGUCUGUGCGUUUCGACAAUUCUUUGGGAUCUGUAAUUCCCUGCGGAUAUUCGAAAUCUCGUGUGGGGGACGCUGAGCGUCUGUCGAAUAUCAUAAAAAACAGUCUGCCCAUUCAGAAUUAUAAAGAAGAGCUGACGAAAGAACUGAACUUGAACACCAACGCAGUGGAUCUAUUCUGCAAGCGUUUCGGGGUCAUAGAGACAUUUUACAAGAGCAUGAGAGCGUGUACGGAAGAAAUUAUCCGAGGGAACGAGUCGAUUGAGGUAUUUAGAAAUUGGUGUACCGAGUACAGAGAGAAGGAAGAGGAGAUCGAGGAAAUUGUCGACACUCAGGUCCUCGGAAUUUUCAUGGUGCACCUGGAUGGAUUAAAAACUCAGGCGUUAUCUCUUCUGUUUUAUAAUCGUGGGAUCAUUGCGGAUGUCAUACCCAAAAUUGGAAAGUCCAAAGUUGAUAUUCUCCUGUCCAAGAUAUUAGACGACACUACUUACCUUGACACUGAUCCAACAACAGCAGAUUGUUUUGCGAAUUACGUUGAAUUUAUCAAUGACGCACAACGGAGGAUUGAUUCCAUGGAAAUCGAUGGAGAUUACGUUAAGGACCUGUACGAUAUCACGGAGGAAUUCGCCAUUCCAGUGGAUCCUGAGGAUUUCGCUAAUUAUCUGAUGAUCAACGUUGCUCUGACGAGUUUAAAAAUUGCUGUCGCUGACCGGCUGAAAAAACGCGACGACUUGAUAGCAAAAUUUAAUGAACAAAUCAGUAAUGACGUGAGGAAAUUAACGGAUGAUGUAUCAGUCAUCAAUGAAUUAAUAUCAGAAUCGUGGCUGCUCGAUCCUGCGAGUGAACCCGCAAUUUGCCUGAAGACUCUGAAAGACUUGGACUCGAAUCUCCAGGAAUGUAUAAAAAUAGUGGACAAGUACCAAGACUAUCAGAAGUCCUUCGACCUGGAGACAAUCAGACUGGACAUCCUGGACCUGGUGCGCCGCGAAAUUCAUUUGCGAAUUCUGUUGUGGGAGUGCAUACUCCUCUGGGAGGAGAGCUCUCGGCGAUGGUACGAGGGAGAUUUCCGGGAUUUGAAUCCCGAAGAGAUGACGCAGACGACUGACCAGCUGAAGGAUAAUGUCGGAGAGCUGGAGACGGGUCUCGGUCGCAGGCCCAUCGUUUUGAAUUUGAAGGAAAAUGUUGGACAGGUCCGAGACAAAUUACCAACGAUCAGUUGCUUGAGGAAUAAACAUCUGCGGAGACGCCACUGGCUCGAGGUUGAAGCGAUAUUGAAUUACAAGUUCAAACCGGAUGUCAGAAUCACUUUGACAUUGAUCGAGGGUCUGGGGGCGUUCGCAUACUCCCAGGAACUGAUGAAUAUUUCAGGGAGGGCGACCUCCGAGGCUAAUCAGGAGGCUAUUCUCAACAGAAUUGAUGAUGCCUAGAGAUGUGAUCAAUUUGUUGUGGAAAUUCACGGGAAAAUUGCUGUUCUCAUUUAGAGAACAGGUUCACUUGUAAUUUCACAAAAUUGCAGUCUAUUUAUU